AUGAUACACCCACAACCUACUGGAACCGGACGAUCACCAGACCGUAGAAAUCACCAGUCUUCAAUUGUUAGAGUUCUGUCUUCAGAAAACAGAAUGACUGACCCCUCACAUGAUAGUACUGUGCACACAUCAAAUACCAACAUUGGAAAUGCUUUUUUAGAACCACGGGGGAGGAUUCCCCCCAAGAGAUUCUCAGGAGAAGACUUCCGAUCCCCAGAUGUGAGAAGGAAAAGAACUAUAAAAGAUCGAGAAGAAGAAACAGAAUCCCACGAGGAACAAACCCAAUUGAAGAGGAAGAAGUAA